AUGGAUGAAAAAACGGUAGACUCGAUUUUUGCGGGCUCUUUGAAAUCAUUGCCACCAGUUAGUUCAAAAAUAGUUCGUAUUUUUACCAGUUCAACUUUUACAGAUACAACAAUGGAGAGAAACACAUUAAUGGCGAAAUGCUAUCCAAAGCUGAAAGAUUACUGCCGUGAAAAACAUGGACUCGAAUUUCAGGUCGUGGACAUGCGAUGGGGUGUUCGAGAUGAGGCAACCGACGAUCAUAUGACAACUGAAUUAUGUAUGCGCGAAAUAGAAAAUUGCCAACGAUUAUCUAUGGGACCGAAUUUCGUGGUUCUUCUGGGUCAAAAAUACGGAUACAGACCUAUACCAACGUAUGUUUUAAGCUCAGAAUUGGAAAUGUUAAGAACAGAAUUAUAUAGCCAGGGUAUGGAUGUAAGCGUCCUCGACACUUGGUACAAGAAGGACAGCAAUGCCGUGCCACCGACUAGUAUUCUUCAGCCGAUCUCUUCAAUUUUGAAAAAUUUCAAUAACAAAAGAAUACCUAAGUUACAACAAGAGGACCAAGCAAUAUGGUGGGAUACUAUGGUAAAAAUGCAAAAACUUUUUAGAAAAGGAGCACAAUCUUUAUUUAAUAAUGGUAAAUUUGACAAAGACACGAUGCACAAUUAUUUUAUGUCAGUUACUGAACGAGAAGUGAUAAAUGGUAUAUUAAAUGUAAAGAAUACAAAAAAUCAUUGCCUUGCUUACCUACGUUACAUCAAUAAUAUUAAUCUGCAAAAUUUAAGGAAAGCUAGUCUUUAUCUCGAUAUUCUCAAUCGAAGCUUAGAUAACGAAGCAGCGAAAUUACUAACCGAUCUUCGAGAUGUCAGAGUGCCCAACAAAAUUGAGAGUGCCAACCUCCAAAGGUAUUACUUGUUUCCAAUUACAAGGCUCGUCUCUAUAAUUACGCACAGUGAAUAUUUGCAACAGUUUAUAACACACUUUUACAGAAACAUAAUCAAAUUAGUAGAUCGAGCAAUGAAGAAAGAAGAUAGUUCGGCUCAAGGACAAAUUAUUACGGAAAUUCUUCAACACCUACACGCCUGCAAUAAUUCUGUUAGAGUUUUUUACGGGCGCGAAGACAGUUUAGAUAAAAUUGAAAAUUACAUGUUGGGAAAUAGUGAUAAGCCUUUGGUAUUAUAUGGCGAAGGUGGUUGUGGAAAAACCUCCCUUUUAGCUAAAAGCGCCGGACUUGCGAAUACCGUUUGGUUACCGGGCAAGAAACCAGUGAGUAUUAUUCGAUUUCUUGGCACAACACCCGAUAGCAGUGCUUUGACGCCAACAUUAAUAUCGAUUUGUCAGCAGAUUUCCUACAACUACAUGAUACCUUUCGAAAACAUCCCAGAUGAUUUAGUACCUCUGACGGCGCACUUUAAGCAUUUGUUAACGCUUGCAACCGUGGAACAACCAAUUCUUCUAUUUCUCGAUAGCGUAGAUCAAUUAACUGGCGUUCAGGGCAAUAAAUUGUCCUGGCUACCCACACGGUUACCAGUAAAUACAAAAAUGAUACUCUCAUGCGCCGCUGAAGAAUCUAAUCCAGUUACAUCAAGGGAUUAUUAUUUAUUAAGGCGAAUGAUCGAUACGGAUGAAAGUUUUAUCGAAGUUACUGCUCUAGGGGAGGAUUUGGCAAUGGAUAUCAUUAGAAUGUGGAUGAAAACGGCCUGUCGAGACCUGAACAACUACCAAUGGCGCCUAGUAGCCAACGCCAUAUCAAAGUGUUCGUUGCCAAUAUUCGUAAAGCUCGUGUUUGCGGAAAUUUGCCGAUGGCGUAGUUACACAAAACCGGCGGACACGCAUCUUGCCAACACCGUGAUGGAUAGCAUAAUGAUGCUGUUCGAGCGUAUCGAGAAGCAACAUGGCAAGAUUUUGGUUUUCCAUGCUUUGGCAUACAUAACUGCCGCAAAAUCAGGACUUUCAGAGUCCGAGCUCGAGGAUCUUAUAUCGCUGGAUGAUAAGGUUCUGGAUGACGUUUAUCAGUACCACUUGCCUCCGGUGCGUAGAAUCCCGCCGCUUCUCUGGACGAGAAUUCGUAACGAUUUGCCGAAUUAUCUGAGCGAGCGAGAGGCCGACGGCGUUAGCGUGCUCAAUUGGUACCAUCGGCAAUUCCGCGAUGCCGCAAAAGAAAGAUAUUUCAAAAAUAUGAAUUUGGCCACUUACUUUCACUCGAUGAUCGCUGAUUAUUACUUAGGGAUUUGGGGCGGCGGCAAUCCCAAGCCUUUUAAGUAUACGGAAAUACAAAGACACAGAUUUAAUCUACAAGAUAAAGAAGGAGUGGCUGAUCGAAAAGUUCCAGAACAACCAUUAGCAUUCUAUUCGAAAGAGGGAAAAAUUUCAAGAUACAAUCUUAGAAAAUUUGGCGAGUUACCAUAUCAUUUGAUACGAGCACAUCGCUUUAAAGAUCUUUUUCAACACGUACUAUUCAAUUACGAAUGGUUGCAUGCAAAACUUAGUUCCUGUCCUUUGCAAGCAGUGCUUUCGGAUUUUGAAGAUGCAUGUUGCAAUAUCGAUGACCAAAAUUUAGUAAGAGAAUUAAUGCUGGUAGCCGAUGCCUUGCGCUUAGGUGGAGCUAUUCUAGGAAGUCAUCCGGAUAUGCUUGCACCUCAGUUAAUUGGACGACUAUUACCGGAAAUUGGAAAUAACGUGAACGUGUGGAUGUUGUUAAGAGCUUGCGAUAGCGACGGGGCUAAAGAUUGUGCUUUACUUCCUCUAUAUCAUUGCUUACACACUCCUGGCGGUCCGUUAAAAUAUUCUUUAGAAGGACAUCAAUUUGCAGUUUUUGGAUUUUGUUUGACUUCGGAUUAUCGUUACGUUCUUUCUAUAUCAAAUAAAUUCAUUACGUGGGACUUGAGCACGAGUGACAUGACGAGAGAUGUAAAUCCAGGAAUAGAAGGAAUAAUGCAAAAGUUGAUUCUUAGUCCAGACAACCGAUAUGCAGCUGCGUAUACAAAUAAUAAUCAAACAGUAGCAUUGAAUACCCUAACAAGUGAAUUUGUUAUUAUCGACAAUCCAUUGCCAAACGAGGAGCCAAUAAGCGGUAUAUUUCUCAUGAAUCAUUUUGUCUUUAUACAUGGAAAAACUCAUUGGUAUAAAUUCGAUCUACGCGGGAACCUUCUUGCUUAUCAUUCUAGCCCAGAAAAUACUAAUAAAUGGUUAAUAUUAGAAUUAGAAUAUACAACAUUGGAGGAUUAUAGAAUAGUUUUCUGGACUGGAAAUCUUGAAAAUUCUACAAUGUUACUACACACAAUCUUAAAGAAAAAACCCUUAGAACCCUUUCAGUUCCAUAGUGCGAUGGUCAUGGCAAAGGAUAAAAAUACAUUGUACGCGUGUACAACCGAACAUUUUUAUCAAGUAUCAAAAUAUACAAUUGAAGAAACAUUUUCAUGCUGGAAGAAAGAGCUGGAUUUGCCUAGAACACAUAACGACGAGGCUGAGUAUUUGUUGCAAUUGAAACUGAAUAAAGAAGAAGACACGUUAUUAGCAACUACAGGAAAUGGCUUUAUAGUUUGGUUGUUAAAAGAGCAAAGAGACGCAAUGGUUUUAAUGCUUCCAAAUGGGGUAAGAAAUAUAAGUACUAGGUUGAUGUGCUCAAAUUCAAUUAUGAUUAGUAAUAAUAAAGAUUAUGCAGUUGCCGGAGUGAGAAAAAGCUUGUAUGUCUGGAAUUUUCAAACAUUAGAAUUAGUGAAAAUUUUGGAUGCACAUUUUGCUCGAAUUAUCCAACUGGAGGCACUUACAAUAGGCAAUUGGAACAGUGUCAUAACAUCUAGUAUUGAUAGAAGUGUAAAAGUGUGGAAUAUUAAUAAUAUAUUUGAACAAGUUCAUGUCAUUGACAGGCAUGAGUUGCAAAUCGAUUCACUUAGUUUGGCUGAGCAUUGUGACCUUGCAGUCACCGUAACUAGAGGUUGCGUUGGAGUUUGGGACUUAAAGCGUGGAAAACUAAUUUCUCAAUUAGCCGAUAGUCCAUUAGGAGCUAUUGUCACCCAUGCUAGUAUAACUCAUGAUGGAAAAUAUAUCAUAUCGAUUGAAUCGGGAAACGUUUUAAUAUGGAAUCGCAUUACAGAACAAGUACUGUUUAGAGAAAAACAACCAGAUGUGAGACAAUUGAUGCUCCUGCAUGAUGGUUCAAAAUUUGCUGUUGUAUCUAGACCAAAUAAUCCUCCUGGAGUUGAAUCGAUCAAAACAACAGCGACUUUCAUUAUGAGAACUGUUCCAGAUGGAACUAUACUAUUUACUUUUGAAUAUCCCGUAAGAAGUAAUACUGGUAUACCAUUUAGAGAAACCGCUAUAACAUACGAUGCCAAUUAUCUUGUUGUCCCAAUUGCUGAGAAAAGCGUUAGAGACUGCAUCAUGAUAUACAAUGCCAAAACCGGUAUGAAUAUAAGCAAAAUCCCAAUAAAAUUACCAGGAUUUAAGGAUAUUAUUUGCAUUGUACCUAUGCCAAACAAGACACAAUGGGUCGGCGUUAUCGGCUCUGAUAAAGGUACUAUUUUAGAUAUUAUUAAGAAGAAAAUAAUUAGAUCUAUUCCAAAAUGGAGUGGUAAUAUAAGUAAAGAUGGUAAAUAUACCUUGUAUGCUCCUAGUAGAGGGGGUUUACAACUGAUUGAACUGAGAAAAGGUACCACCGUUAAAACAUAUAUACCAAAAGUAGCAGAAGGAGUUUUUACAAUUAUGUCAAUGUUUAAUAGAACGGAUGAAUACGUACUUUAUUAUCACAGUGGACGAAAAACUAUAAGAGUGUUUAGAUCCUCUGAUUGUGAAUUAAUUGCAAACUAUCGAGUACAAGCUGAAUUAAGUGCAAUUGAUAGUACCAACGAUGGCAGAAGUAUAGUCUUAGGAACCGUAGAUGGUUGUGUAUAUGUACUUGCCAUAGCAGAUACGCAAAAAUCAGAAAUGCAAGAUUAUCUCGCAAAUUUACCUUCGCGUGACGAAAAGUGGAAAAAACGUAUGGAAAAGCAACGGGCAGUGAUAAAGUUCAAAGCAGCUGCUCGAAUUGCUUGCGUUACACAUGAGUUAACAAAUAUUGUAAGAAUAGAAAAUACGUCCAAUUUAUCUAGUCAAGAUGAUGAGAAUAAAGAAAACAUAAAUUAAAUUAACCAAUAUAAUGUAUAGAA